GGAUAAAUUCCACUGUUUAGUGUUUACUGAUCAAUUUAACCCAUUUAGCUCAGAGCCGAAAAGGAAAAAGAAAGAGAGAGUCUCAGAAACAAAUCUCUCGUCUCAGUCUUAGGGUUUUGCGUUUGCUUCAUCGAUACACUCAGAGGAUAUGAGCGACGUAUUCAGUCACCGGGAUUCAAGACUCAUGGAUGAGGUCUUGAAUCAAAAACCACACGAUAUUUGCUGGGCCAUCGCCCUCACAAGACAAGCGACGUCAAUCCUACGAUCAUUAGGCGUCAUUCAAGAUGAUCAGAGGCUCUCAAUACAAUACCUCAUCAACUCAGCUCGAUCUUCAGGGCCAGCUCCACCCGGUUGGAAGGGAGGUAUUGGAAGCUUGGAACAAGCAGCAGUCUUUUUCAAGCAGGGAGGAGCAGUUUUGAACACUGUCUGCCCGUUCUACAGUCAGUUCUACAAACCCGUCAUUUACUGGACAGAGGAGAUUUGUUUUUGAGACUAAAAUUCACCGUAGAGGAGAUUACCCAAGUUUAAAAGUGUUUGAACAAAAAUUGGAUAGUUGUCUUAGACAAAACCCAAUUGCAACAGCAGUACACGAGUUUCCCUCUCUCUCUGCUCCUAUUGGAGAUCAAGUUUUUGUACCAAACAAACACGAAGAAAGUAACAGGGAUAAGGGCCGUAUCAAGAAACAGCACGUGAUGCUUCUUUGUGGGUCAACAUCUGAUCACUGGUUAUUUCAGGAUUCCCUGGGUAAACGUAGAGGAGAAGCUGGUUACGUAAAAAUCAAGAAAAAAAGGGAAACUAUCACCGAAUUUGCCGAGAUGAGGUUCUUGUACGAGGAAGAACAACCGGAUGGGCAGGGAAAGAGAAAGAGGCAGCAUUCCGGACGUGGUGGUGGGCGCGGUGGUGGGCGCGGUGGUGGGCGGCGCGCAAAGCACUGCACCUUGAUUCCCCUUCAGAGGUACACAAAGGCGCUGAACACUUUCCAGAGAUCUGCCCUGGUUGAGAAAUCUAGACAGAAGCCCCAAGAGAGGAUGAACGUUCUGUCGAAAGCUCUGAAAGUGAGCAACUACGACACUGAACCUCUCCUGCGUUCAUGUGGCAUUUCUAUCAGCUCCAACUUCACUCAGGUGGAGGGUCGUGUUCUUUUAGCUCCUAAGCUGAAAAUGGGACGUGGUGAUGAACUGUUUCCGCGCAAUGGUCGCUGGAAUUUCAACAACAAGCAAUUUGUUGAGCCAACCGAGAUUGACAAAUGGGCAGUUGCAAAUGUGCGUCAACUGGUUGAUGAUCUAAUCCGAAUUGGAGGAUCCAAAGGAAUUGAAAUUGCUGCCCCAUUUGAUGUGUUUGAGGAGGGUCAUCAGUUUCCCUUUUAUCCUCCUCUGAUUCGUGUAGAGAAGAUGUUUGAAGAGAUCCAGUCUAAGCUCCCUGGUGCUCCUCAGUUCCUUCUCUGUCUCAUCCCCGAAAGGAAGAACUGCAACAUUUACUAUUCCAUGUUGAGUGUGGAGCGUACUCCAGCCUUUACAACAGUGAUUUCAAAGGUUCAAACCAUCAUCCUUGGGAUGGAUGUUUCACAUGGAUCUCCUGGACAGUCUGAUGUCCCCUCCAUUGCUGCGGUGGUGAGCUCAAGGCAGUGGCCUCUAGUCUCGAAAUACAGAGCAUCUGUUCGCACACAGCCUUCAAAAGCUGAGAUGAUUGAGUCACUUGUCAAGAAAAAUGGAACUGAAGAUGAUGGGAUUAUCAAGUUCCAUUUUCUUGAUGAGAUUCAUUUCUCACCUGAUGAGCUUCAAGAGCUCGUACACUCGCUCUCUUACGUGUAUCAAAGAAGCAUAACCGCCAUCUCUGUUGUUGCACCGAUCUGCUAUGCACACUUGGCAGCUGCUCAGCUAGGAACGUUCAUGAAGUUUGAAGAUCAGUCUGAGACGUCCUCGAGCCAUGGUGGCGUGACAGCUCCAGGACCGGUCUCUGUUGCGCAGCUCCCUAAACUCAAAAGACAACGUCGCCAACUCCAUGUUCUUCUGUGUGUAGAAGAAGCAUCUCUCUAAACUCUAAUGUGCAGCAGCAGUCUGUUUUUUCCCCAACUUGGCUCUCUUUAGGUGUAGUAAUCGGCUUUUAUCCUAGGAUCUCUCGGUUUCUUUUGAAGUGGUUAAGGCAACUAAACAAUAGAUAUGGUAUGUAUUUUGUGACUCUAUUCGCCAGUCUUGUUGCCUGUAGGGGGGGGGGGCUUGAAAUAUACUUUGCCCGUUGACUCUUAAGUGGUUUUUAAUCUGGGAUGACUUAUUUUGUGUAUCUCUAAGCUUAAUUUAGAGACAAAAGUGAAUAUAACCCCAAAGGAGGUAUCAAGAAUCAAAGA